AAAAAAAGGAGAGCAAGGCUCUAUGUAUUUUUCUUUUUCCUAUUAAUCUAAUAAUGACUUCAAAAAUGGAAGCAGUUAUGGAAGAUGCUUUUGUAGAAUGGAUUAAUACGUUUGACUGUAAAUCCUAUGCUAUUGAUACAGUCGUGGAGUUAACAGAUGGAGUUAUACUUUCUGAAAUAUUAUCUGAUAUUGAUCCUAAGUGGUUCAAACAAAUUAAACCUACAGAAACUGCUAGUAAUUGGGUUGUCCGAUUUAACAAUCAAAAGAAGCUUCACAAAAGCAUCACUCGCUAUUUCGAAGAUAUUAUUGGGCAGGACCCAGAAUGUUUACCGACUAUUAACCUUACUGCUAUAGCUAAAGAUGCUGAUCUUCACGAAUUACUGAUCAUGUGUCAAUUAGUCAUUGCUAUAGCUGUACAAUCUGACAACAACAAACUUUACAUUGAGAUGAUUCAGGGAUUAUCACAAAAGAGUCAACAUGCUUUAAUGGUCUCUAUUGAAAAAGUGAUGAGUUAUUUCGAAACAGAUGCACUUAGUAGUCAACAUAACAGGUCAUCAUUUUUAUCUGCCAAUUCAAAUUCGACAAAAAGUUUGUUAGAGGAUAUGCCUUAUCGUUAUCAAAUUGAAUUUGAAAAAAUCUUGAUGGAGAAAAGGCAAUAUGAGACAUUACAUUCCCAGUUAUUAACUGAAUAUGAUGAAUUACGAGAAAGAUUUGAUGAUUUGUUAGGCGAAAAGGAAGAAUUAAAAAGUCGAUUACAAGAUAUGGAUGAGGCAAUUACAAAAGUAAAUAAUACUGUUUUUUUUUAAGGAUACACUUAUGUAAAUUGUUGUAUAUGAUAGGGAAAGAAGUGAAGAUCGACGUCAAGAGACAGAAAUGCUGAUGGAAACACAUCUAGCAUCUAUUAAUGAACUAAAAAAGCGAGUAGAAGAGUUGAGUGCUGAAGUAGAAGAGACAACCUUGUUAAAAGAUCAACUUGAAGAAUAUAAACAUGCCACUGAAAAGAU